UCUCCCUACUGUGCGCAUGUACCGCUACACUCAACGCUACAUCCCCUCCAAGAUGGCGUUAACACGGCUGCCUUGCGUGCUGGCUCUCCUCACCGUUCACUGCUACAUUAGCGUCUUGGCAGUGGUAUUGAGAACGACAAAUAAGGCACCAUGGGCCAACGAGUUUGAAUCAAUUGAGCUGCCUUGCCUGAUAGAGUCGAUCUCCACAGCCAAUCCCAGGAUAGAGUGGAAGAAGAUUAAGAAUGGAGAACAACCAAGUUAUGUCUAUUAUGAGAAAAAAAUCUCAGGUGACUUGGAGAACAGAGCAUGGCUCAGAGAACCAGCAACUUUGGUCAUUUCUAAUACAACGAGAUCAGACACUGCAUCUUAUCGCUGUGAGGUCACUGCCCCCAGUGACCAGAAAACGUUUGAUGAGAUUCUGAUAGACCUCAGAAUAAGAGUGAAGCCAGUGACUCCCACAUGCUCCGUGCCCAAGUCCGUUCCAGUGGGGAAGUCGGCUGAGUUGUCCUGCGUGGAGGACGAGGGCUUCCCCAGGUCUCAGUACCAGUGGUUCCGCAACACGGAGGAGAUACCAGAAGACCCCAAGAGCAGCCCCAAGUUCUUCAACUCGUCCUAUGUACUGAACGGGGAAUCAGGCACGCUGAAAUUUAGCGCUGUGAGGAAAGAGGAUGCUGGGCAGUAUUACUGCAGAGCUAAAAACGAUGCAGGAGUUUCCGUGUGUACCCCACAGAUGAUGGAAGUCUAUGACAUUAACAUUGCUGGCAUUGUCCUGGGCGUGCUGGUGGUUGUGGUGGUUCUCUUGUGCAUAACAGUGGGCAUCUUCUGUGCAUACAGAAGGGGAUACUUCGCCAGCCAGAAGCAGAUGGGAAGCAAUUACAAAACUCCAGGGAAGGGUGAUGGAGUAGAUUAUGUCAGAACAGAAGAUGAGGGGGAUUUCCGGCACAAAUCCUCGUUCGUCAUCUGAGUCGAGGCAAUGAGAAAGACAUAGAAACACAUUGGAGAAAUGAGCGCAAUACCUCGCGGACACAGCCCCCCCACAUUGAGGAGAGACUAUUAGCUGCCACAGAACGUGCCUUGCUUCAUGGCACAUCUGCAACAACACUUAUUCAUAUUUGCCAAAGCUGACAAUUUAUCACAAACUGCUGUUUCCAGCAAGCAUUAAUCUCUGUAUUAGUAUCACUGAAGGUUUUUUGUCUCUUUAAACCUACUUUUCACCCCUUUUAUCAUGAACAAAUACAGCUUUUCUUUCUAUUCAGUAACAGCUUAUUAGUAAACUGCAGCUAACAAAUUCUAAGGUUUCAGUAGAAAGUAACAUAUUUCUAUUGUAAACAUUGGAUUUAAAAGUGUUUAUAUAACUUUUGUUUUGUACCAGCUAAACAUGUCAGUAUAUUUUUGAUGGAAUAUAUUUUGAAAUGCCUAUAGAAAAAGGUUUACUUUUAUAAAUGUUUGUAAUUACUAACAUGGAAGCCAGUAUGUUUUCUAGACCAAUUUGGUGUUUGAAAGAAAUUAAUAACCACUUUAACCACACUGUAGUUGCUUUUAGUAAGCCCUAAAUAUUCCUUUAAUGUCAUAGGACACUUGACCUUAGUUCUGCUAUUUUUUGAUUUAAUAUGAGUUUCAGUAGCAUAUCCAAUUAUAUAGUUUUCAGAGGUCUUACAUAAUUACUUUACUGCUGGGAUCUAAAUAGUGCUAGUGUAAGGUUCCAUGUUAAUGUUUGUAGAUAGUGUUAGACGGUGAGAUUCUUAGAGUAAACACCAGCAGAAAGCUGGGAAACACUGUAAACAGCCAGUGCUGCGUAUCCUUGAUUAAAAGUGUCCUUCUAUGCUUGUUUUUCAUCUUGUACAUAGUGAAUAUAAUGUCCAGGUUGUGUUUUUUGUUUUUCUUUUUCUUUUUUUCUUUUUCAAGUGAGGAAUAUUCUCAGUAUUACUUUUUAAUAAAACAGGGUUUUUAUUUUGGCUAACAAAAAGCUGUGCUGGUUGUACAUAGAUCCAUUGUUACCAAUCCUGGCAAUAUGAACAGUGGUCAUUUAAGUUCAAAUGUAAAACAUCCAGACAUACAGGCAAGUAUGAUGCUCUUUCCAUGGUGUAAAGUGGACUAACUACCUGUAAGCCCGGUCAUGGUAGAGAGAGGAUGUGCCUCGUAGGCCACAUUUGAAGACCUAAAAUACAAUUUGACUAAUUGUGUUCGCUAAUUUUCUUUAUCUCUAACAGCGGUAAACUGGCGAUUCAGUCAGAACUUGAAAUAACAUUUUAAGAGUAUUUGACGUACAAUCAUAGCUGAAUAGUCAUACUUCAUAUAUAACAGCCAUUUUUGAUAGUUUCAACGUUCCAGUUGAUUAAACAUAAAUCAUUCCUCUUAAGUGCCUUCCAAUGUGGUCAUAUGAUACUGAUGCUCAAAACAUUGUAUCUUUUGACUUAAUCUAUACUGUGACCUUCAAUUGGACACUUCACUGUUCAAUCCAACUGUUUUCAAAUCAGUUUAUAAUACAUUUAAGUCAGAACAGCAGGUGUUUGAGAGGAAUGAUAGCAUGCUGUGUUCACCAACUCCUAAACUACUACUUUGGAUAUUCUGAUUUACAGUACAUAUCUGACUUGCUGUUUUCUGUAAAUAGAUUGUUGUGCAUCGAUUUGAUUACCUUUUUGUCACUUAAUUAGAAAUAGAGAUCUACUACGUAUUAGUGCCUAAAUAUAGAGUGAAGUAAUGUUCCAUGAAGCACGGAGCACUACUAUUAAUCCGACAGUUAUACACUCAGAGACAAAUGUACUUUUUCCACUAGACACAUACGUACAUGAAAUUUAGAGUGGGACAUAUACAUACACUGAUUUGAUAGUGGCAGUUUGGACAUUUAUACCACUAAAAGUGAACCUGCAUUACUGGAUUGUUGAGAUGGCCAUGGUAAACAAGUGAGAUUUUUUUUUUAUAUAUAAACAAAUAUAAAUGGAGUAGAGAGCUUAACCAAAUAAUGACUGCCAAAAGAGCAUUAUCUUCAGUUUCAGUAUUGUCCUGCACCCACAUCUUGGGAGUAAAGUUCUGUAAAGGUUAAAUUCACAUUCUCUCCUUUUUACUUUCUGAGGGUUUAUGGUUGUAUUCAGAACUUUUAACUGAAACGAAUUUCAUUCACUAAUUUCAUGUGACGCCCUGUUGGUUUGGCGCUGGUACAAAUCCUGUGUGAAUUCUUGAACAGUAGACCAUGUAUGUUUGUGAUUAAUAAAACUCACUUCUUAA